AUGCGGAAGAUCUCCAGGCACACCGCGAACGGUGGGGACAACCAUCCGAUCAUAAGCAUCGACCCGAGCUUCUUGCCCGACGACGCGAGCCCUCUGUUGGUGUUCGUGAACUCGCGAAGCGGCGGGCAGCUCGGCGGGUACCUCACGAGCCAGCUGAAACAAAAUUUGAACCCGCUUCAAGUCGUAGAUCUGCACAAGACGGACCCGAAGUUCGCGCUGCGCUUAUUCAGCAACUUACCGAAGCUGCGUAUCAUGGUGUGCGGCGGCGACGGCACCGUCGCGUGGAUCCUGCAAGCGCUGGAGGAGCUCGUGGAGAUUGACCCGAAGCCGCCAGUGGGGAUCUUGCCGCUCGGGACCGGGAACGACCUCGCGCGGGUGUUGGGGUGGGGCGGCGGGUACUACAACGACCUCGUGUCCGAACUCCUCGUGCAGAUACAGGAAGCGCACCCCGCGGUUUUGGACCGGUGGGAGGUCGGGAUCAUCCCCGCGGACCCGGAAGGCCCGCCGCCGUCGCCGAAGAAGCGACGGCGCCAUCGGCCGGGGACGGAGACGCUCGUGUUUCAAAACUACCUCGGCAUCGGCGUCGACGCGCAGGCGGCGUUGCGGUUCCACAGGACGCGGAACAUCCGACCGCACUUAUUUUUCAGCGCGACGACGAACAAGAUUCUGUACGGCCUCUUCGGCGCGCGGGACUUUGUCGAGCACUCGUGCGCGGGGAUGAACCAGCACGUGCACGUCAUCGCGGACGGUGUCCGCAGAGAUCUUCCGCCGGAGACGGAGGGAAUCAUCUUGUUGAACAUCAACUCCUUCGCCGGCGGCGUCCGGAUGUGGGAGGGGGGCGACGGCCACGGGAACUCAUCGAUGCAGGACGGGAUGGUCGACGUCGUCGUCGUCUUCGGCGCGUUACACCUCGGGCAGCUCAACUGGGGCGUGGACAAGCCCGUGCGGAUAUGUCAAGCUCGCGACGUGAAGGUGAUCGUCGAGAAAGGGUUCCCGAUGCACGUGGACGGGGAACCGUGGGAGCAGCCCGCGUGCACGAUCGACAUCAAGCUGAGGAAUAAGGCGUUGAUGCUUCGCAGGACCGCGGACGCGAGCGGGAUGACCGUGAAGAAGAUGGCGGACACCCUGGAGUGGGCGCGCAAGCACGAGAUAAUAUCGAACGAUCAGCGCGAGAUGAUCAUGAACGAGGCGUACAGACGAGCGGAGAGCGACCGCUCGAGCGGGUCGCAGCCGCACUCUCGCAGCGCGAGCUUAGGAAACUUGUUCGACCGGCACAUGCGCGCCAAGUCGGGGAGCAGCAUCGAGGACUUUUACUAG